CGAAAGGUUUAAGAGAGGUUUCAUCUUCUUCUCGAGCUGCGUCUCUCUCUCUCAAAAAUGGCUUCCACAGCCUCCUUCUCUCCGAGUCCGCAAGCUCAAACGUACAGUUCCACAUGGCCGAAGCCGUCGAAGCUCAGCCACAAGUUCCUCUUCAGCUCAGCCUCCAACCUCCUCUUCUUCAAGCCAUCACUGUCUUCCUCCACUCCUUUCCCCCUCAGCCUCAAGCCCCCUUCCGACCUCGUUCACACCCACCUUGUCCGAGACUCCGUCCAAGACAAUUUCGUAGAAAAUUCGAUGAAUUUACAGUUACCUAUCAGAGAAUUUCACCUGAUUACGCCGCAGGACUCACCGCCGCGGAUUUUUAUCCAAGACCCGCCGUGGAUUGCCGCGCUGUUUCUGAAGGGAAUGUACAAAAAGGCCAACCAGGAGUUGAAAUUGGAGUCGAAGGAAAUCGGCGGGGGAAGUAAAAUUUGCUCCGGCGGUGGCAGAUAAAGGCGGAGACGGAGGCGUGGGAGAGAAUGGUGGAGGAGUACAAGGAUUUGGAACGAGUAAUGCGGGAGAAGAAGCUGGCUCCGAGCUUGCCGUACGUGAAGGCCUUGUUUUUAGGGUGGUUUGAGCCGCUGAGGGAGGCGAUUGCGAGGGAGCAGAAGGUGCAGCAAACGAAGAAGCACAAAGCGGCGUUUGCGCCGCACAUUGACUUGCUGCCGCCGGAUAAGAUGGCGCUGAUUGUUAUGUAUAAUAUCAUGGGUUUGGUUAUGGUGGGGAAUCAAGACGGGUGUGUGCAGGUUGUUCAAGCUGCUGUUCAUAUCGGGAUGGCCAUAGAGCAGGAGGUUAGGAUUCACAGUUUGUUGGAGAAAACCAAAAACUUCUAGAGAAAGAAGACUGUUGUUGUUGAUGAAGACAGUCUGAGCAAGGAGAAGGAGAUACUCCGGAAACAUGUUAAUGUUUUAAUUAAAAGGAAAAGACUGAGGGAGGUCCAAAAUCUCUUGCUAAAAGAAGAAAUUAAGCCCUGGGGUCGUGAUACACAGCCUAAGGCUAAACAUAUGUUGAUUCCUUAUGUGCCAAUGUUGGUGCCUCCCAGAAAGUGGAAAGGGUAUGACAAGGGUGGUCACUUGUUCCUACCUUCUUAUGUCAUGCGUACUCAUGGAUCAAGGAGGCAGGUAGAUGCAAUGAGGAAUAUUUCUGGAAAGCAGAUGAUGAAAGUAUUCGAGGCCCUAGAUAUGCCUGGAAGUACCAAAUGGAGGGUGAAUAAAAAAGUACUUAGCAUGGCGGAGAGCAUCUGGGCUAAAGGUGGCAACAUUGCAGGCUUGGUUGAUCGUGAAGAUGUUCCAGUACCAGAUAAACCACCGCUUGCGGGUUUAACAGAAGUUCCCAAAUGGAAAUGGAGUGUAAGAAAAGCAAAGAAGAUUAACCAAGAAAGGCAUUCUCAGCGAUGUGAUACAGAACUUAAGCUCUCUGUUGCUCGCAAGAUAAAGGAGGAAGGCUUUUAUUAUCCUCACAAUCUUGAUUUUCGAGGCCGAGCUUACCCAAUGCAUCCACAUUUAAAUCAUUUGAGUUCUGAUCUCUGUCGAGGGGUCCUUGAAUUUGCUGAAGGACGACCAUUAGGGAAGUCUGGUUUUUGUUGGCUGAAGAUUCAUUUAGCAAACCUCCAUGCAGGCGGUGUUGAAAAGCUUUCGUAUGAGGACUGCAAAGCAUUUGUUGAUCAUCACAUUGAUGAUAUAUUUGAUUCAGCAGCAAACCCUGUAAAUGGAAACCGAUGGUGGUUAACAGCUGAAGAUCCUUUACAGUGCCUAGCGUCUUGUAUCAAUCUGUCAGAAGCGUUAAAUAGCCCAUCACCACAUACGGUCAUUUCUCAUUUGCCCAUCCAUCUGGAUGGUUCAUGCAAUGGCUUACAGCACCAUGCAGCCUUGGGAAGAGAUAGUUUGGAAGCAGCUGCAGUCAACUUAGGUGCUGGAGAGAAACCUGCCAAUGUUUACUCAGAAAUUGCUGUAAGGGUACAUGAGAUUAUGAAAAGAGACAGCAAUAAGCACCCGACUACAAGCCCAAAUGCUUUGUUAGCCCAAGUCUUAGUUAAUCAGGUUGAUCUCCCUUGCUUCUUCUCGAAUUGAUCGGAAUUGGUAAAACAGACUGUCAUGACUUCAGUGUAUGGAGUUACUUAUGUUGGGGCACGCAAACAAAUAAAAAGAAGAUUAGAGGAGAAGUGUCUUGUUACGGAUGAUAGACUACUGUUCACUGUAGCUUGCUAUGCUGCCAAAGUUACUUUGGCUGCCCUUGGAGAGACAUUCCAAGCUGCUCGUGGUAUAAUGGCCUGGCUCAGUGAUUGUGCCAAGGUAAUUGCUUCAGAAAAUCAACCUGUGCGUUGGACUACUCCUCUAGGUCUUCCUGUUGUGCAACCCUACUGUAAAAAUGAACGACAUCUUAUAAGAACAUCCCUUCAGGUUUUAGCCUUGCAGCGGGAGAGUAACUCAAUAGACGGUAGAAAACAAAGGACUGCAUGUCCUCCAAAAUUUGUUCACUCACUUGACGGUUCACACAUGAUGAUGACCGCUCUUGCCUGCAGGGAUGCUGGCCUAUGUUUUGCAGGGGUGCAUGACUCCUUCUGGACUCAUGUAUGUGACGUAGACCAAAUGAACGAGAUACUUCGGAAACAAAUUGUAGAGCUGUAUAGCAUGCCGAUACUUGAAAAUUUACUAGAAAGCUCCCAAGUAUCAUAUCCAGCGUUGACAUUUCCUCCUCUCCCAGAAAGAGGCGACUUCGACUUGCAAGAGGUUCUAGAAUCUCCGUACUUUUUCAACUGAAACUCGGUACAUGAGCAGCAAGCAUUGAUAACGAUGUUUAAACAGCAUUGCCACACGUAUCAUAUGCCACUCCCGGAAUGACCGAGAAGCUAUUUCAAGAAUUCAUUCGGGUAAGCACUUAAACGUUUAGUGUGAAACAGAAACCUAAGGUUGCUUUUGUGAAAGCCGAAAGGACAAACUUUGAUUUCCCAUGAUCAGUGAGUCUACGAUUCUCAUGGGUAUUGAAUUGAUCAAUCUUCGCUGUUAAAGAUCCGGUCCAUGUCGGAGCUGACCCAUGUACAGAAAGGGAGACUCUUCUGCAGAAAUUCAAGGUCUAUAAAAUUUCUAGAGCGUAGAAUAUUUUUUUGAGGCAAGAGAAGUAGAUACGAAGCGGCAGCUAACUUAGCGGAGGUCAUUCUUUUCAAUGUAUUCCGACGUAUAACAUAUGUUGUAUUGUAUGAGAGUAGGAGGAGAAAAGAUCAUUCUUUAAACAUACAAGAUACAUGUAACACUUGGUCAAUGGAAACUCGCAAAUUUGUGAGCAAGAACUGUAAAGAAAUGAAGGAAAUUUAUCAAUAGUUCUGUUCAGAUGUAAAAUUA